GAACCUGCCUAACGUGAGAAAGUGUAUAUAGGGUUUUCAUUACAAAUUUUACUAUGAGCAGGCGAUAAAUAGAAAACGCUUGAGAAUCAUUUUAGUCGUAUAAUUCUCCAGAAUUUUCCGCGACCACUGAUUCAAAUUAUUUUUGUAAUCUUAACGUUGCAAAAAAUCACUUCCACCAAUUCUAUACUAGAAUUUUAUGUACGUUAACAGAUAUACCGGAUGUGACAGGCAGCGUAACGAUCUUUAAGGUUAAGUGACAUUACGCUUUUUUUUAUACUCCGACUUUUUUUUUUAUAUCGCUAAACUAUUCGAAACAAUGCCAACGCCAAACUCUAUCAGCGUAGCUGUGAUAUGUUCUAGCAAUAUGAAUAGAAGCAUGGAAGCUCAUGCCUUCUUGAGUAAAAAAGGUUUCAAUGUUAAAUCCUUUGGAACUGGCGAUAAAGUUAAGCUUCCUGGAAAUGCACCUGAUCGUCCAAACAUUUAUGACUUUGGAACUUCGUACGAUGAAAUCUACAAUGACCUUUUAUCUAAAGACAAGCAAUACUAUACACAAAAUGGUUUGUUGCACAUGUUAGAUAGAAACCGUAGAAUAAAACCGAAACCAGAACGAUUUCAAUUAUCCAAGGACAAAUUUGACAUUUUAAUCACAUGCGAAGAACGUGUUUAUGAUCAAGUAAUCGAAUGUAUGGAAUCUAGAACUCAGGAAGAUAGUCAACCAGUACAUUUGAUUAAUAUUGAUAUUCAGGAUAAUCAUGAAGAAGCUACAGUUGGAUCGUUCCUCAUUUGUGAAUUAGUCACUGUGCUGGCCAAUAGUGAAGAUUUAGAUAACGAUAUAGAUGAACUACUUCACGAAUUUGAAUCAAAGUUUGCAAGAACGAUCUUACACACGGUACUUUUUUAUUAAGAAGCCUGUUGUAUAUCAACAACUUGGUGUUCAUCAACGACUUAACUUAUAAAAGCAGACUAAAUUAUAUAUACUAUAAAUGUAGCACCACAUUAUCUGAAUCAGAUUAUGUGAAGCGAAUUCCGUUUUUACGUAACAAGUAAGAAUUCGAUUCGCGCUUGCUGUUUAAUGAGAUAUUGCUUUCCACGGAAAUCGUUCUAGAAAUCUGCUGUUACAUUCAUACUGUAUCUCUAAUCCGUGACAAAAUAUGCAAAAGCAAGAUUAUUGGAUUCGUUCAGGUUUCGAAACGCUAGUAUCAGAACGAUUAGAAAAGAUUAAAAAGCAAAGAAUACAAAUUAUAAAAUAUUUUAAUUUUAUAAUAUAUACGCAUAUAAGUACAACAGCAAGCUAUUCUUAUAUGUGUAUGUAUGCCGUUAUUAGAAUGUAUUUGUAGUACAUAGAAUCAAUAUGAGUCUCUGAUAUGCUUAUAAAUUCAGAGAUUUGUAUAUUAUAAAAUAUGAUCCGCUGUUAUAUAGCGAAAAGGCCUUCAAUUCUCAUAAUACAAUAUAAAUAUUCGUAAAAUCAA